AUGCUUAGACCUGCUAAACGCUUCUACUUUUCUUUCCUUUCGUUCCUCUGCAGCGAUGGAUGGGCGGACAGGUCCGACGUGACAGAUGGCUAUGUCAGGGAGGCAGCCGGGGGCAUCACCAUCAAGCUGCAGUCAGCAGACGUGAAAUGGUUUGAUGAUUACUACCUGAAGCUCCGUCCAGAAAACAACCUGAGGAACCCUUGGUUUCCGGAGUUCUGGCAGCAUCGGUUUAAAUGCAAGCUUAAAGGUCACCCGCAGGAGAGCAGCAAGUACAACCGCACCUGCGGCAAACAAAAUACCCUACAGGAUAGAUACGAACAGGACUCCAAGAUGGGAUUUGUCAUCAACGCUAUUUACUCCAUGGCGUUCGGCCUGCAUAACAUGCAACGUUCACUCUGCCCCGGCUAUCAGGGCCUCUGUGAUGCAAUGCGACCUAUAGAUGGUGCUACUCUGCUGGACUUCCUCAUGAAAACCAACUUCACCGGCGUGUCUGGGGAGGGAAUAUUAUUUGAUGAGAAUGGAGACUCACCUGGCAGGUAUGAAAUUAUGAACUUCAAGAAGACGGGGGAAAAAUAUGGCUACAUCAACGUGGGCAGUUGGGACAACAGUGGUCUGAAGAUAGAUGAUGAAGAAAUCUGGUCCGGCAAAGAUGCCAUCAUUAAAUCGGUUUGCAGUGAACCCUGCGACAAAGGGCAAAUUAAGGUGAUCCGUAAGGGGGAGGUGAGCUGCUGCUGGACGUGCACCCCCUGCAAAGAAAACGAAUUUGUGUUUGAUGAGUACACCUGCCGAACCUGUGAGCUGGGCUCCUGGCCUAACGAUGGCCUCACUGGUUGUGACCCUAUCCCCGUAGAGUACCUGCGAUGGGGGGACCCAGAACCCAUAGCUGCUCUGGUAUUUGCCUGCCUCGGUCUGAUGGCCACCUUCUUUGUCACUGCAGUCUUUAUCCAUUUCCGGGACACCCCUGUCGUGAAAUCCUCCAGCCGGGAGCUGUGUUACAUCAUACUGGCAGGGAUUUGCCUCGGAUAUCUGUGCACCUUCACUCUCAUCGCAAAGCCCCACGUGAUCCACUGCUACCUCCAGCGACUGGGAAUAGGUCUGUCACCUGCCAUGAGUUACUCUGCACUUGUCACUAAGACAAACCGCAUCGCUCGGAUCCUGGCAGGAAGCAAGAAGAAGAUCUGUACAAAGAAACCUCGCUUCAUGUCGGCGUGCGCCCAGCUCAUCAUUGCCUUCCUCCUCAUACUGCUUCAGCUGGGCAUCAUUGUGGCUCUUUUUCUCAUGGAGCCACCGGAUGUGAUCCAUGACUACCCCAGCAUCCGCCAGGUCAACCUCAUCUGCAACACCACUAACCUCGGAGUGGUAGCCCCCCUGGGAUACAAUGGCCUGCUCAUCCUCAGCUGCACCUUUUAUGCCUUCAAGACCCGCAAUGUCCCGGCUAAUUUCAACGAGGCCAAGUACAUUGCGUUUACGAUGUACACCACCUGCAUCAUCUGGUUGGCGUUCGUCCCCAUCUACUUUGGCUCCAACUACAAAAUCAUCACCAUGUGCUUCAGCGUCAGCCUCAGUGCCACUGUGGCUCUGUGCUGCAUGUUCGUACCCAAGGUGUACAUCAUUCUGGCCAAACCGGAGCGUAACGUGCGCAGUGCCUUCACCACCAGCACCGUGGUCCGGAUGCACGUGGGAGACGGGAAAUCCUCCUCAGCUGCCAGCCGCUCCUCCAGUCUGGUCAACCUGUUUAAACGCAGAGGCUCUACUGGAGAGACCCUGAGCUCCAAUGGUAAAUCAGUAUCUUGGGCACAGACAGAGCGCAGCAGCUCACGAGGCAACCACCUGUGGCAGCGGCUGUCCUUCCACAUCAAGAAGAAGGAGAACAAUCAGACAGCAGUCAUUAAGCCCUUCUCCAAAACCUCUGAGGAGCGUUACUGCGGGGGAUCCGACUUGCCUCCGCAUGUACCUCUGCCCUCCCUCUCUUCCAUGUCCUCCCUGCCCACUCAUCUCGACAGCGGCACAGACAAGACCCUCUACGAGCUCUCGGAAGCUGAAGAGCACUACUCAAUUACCUACCGGCCGCAGACGCCGUCGCCAAUCAGCACCGUCAGCCAGAGGAUAGGGGCCAGUUUAGGGGAGGAGUCCCAGAUGGCCUGCAUUUCAAAGUACUCCAGCAGUGUCUGCAGCGGUGGCAGCAGCAGCAGUUGUGGGCCUCCGAGCAGCGUCUCCAUCACAGCUGGGAGUGACGGGCGUCUGGUGGCCGUGGACGACCGCCCCCCGCCGCCCCAGAAUACGCUGAUGGAUCAGAUCAGCUGCGUGGUGAACCGCUUCACCGCCAACAUUUCCGAGCUCAACAGCAUGAUGCUCUUCCCUUCGCCGACGCACACUCACAAACACACAUCCCCCACCGCUCAUCCCCCUGAUCCCUACCUGCUACCUCGGGAGAUCCCGAUGCCCCCGACCGUCACCACCUACGCUGAUGUCCAGCCCCUAGCUCCCGUUGACUCUGGUCUGGGCACUCGGGGUGGCUGUCCAAUUCACUCCAUCCCUCGCUCGCCCUACCCGCUGCCGCCCCCUCACCCCCACACAUCCCCCUCUCUCUCCCCCAUAAGGGGAGGCCUGGUCGCCUGCCUACCCGACUCCCCGCUCCGGAGGGCUGAGCUGGAAGAGGAGCUCAUCGCCCUAACACCUCCCUCGCCCUUCCGUGACUCUCUGGGAUCCAGUAGUGGCUCCCAGAUCUCAGAGACGGGUCUGUUUGUUCCUCCAGUCCCCAACCACCCACCCCCCUCUCCCCCAUCACCCAGGUACACCAGGCUGACUCUCAGAAACUACAGUCAGAGUUCAUCCUCACUGUGAGGCAGAGGUGAUGAGCUGGAAAAGUAGAGCAACCAGGACGCACAGACUGGAAUCCAUUCAUCACCGUUUGGAGUAAAAAACCCGAGGAGGUGUUGUCAUGGAGGGCUGGUUGGUGAAGACACCAAGCUGUGUUUGUGUUUACAUGUUUCCAGUGAGACGCGAGUAGGGAAGGCCUGCAGCGUGUCCUAUUUUCUCGCUGUCUUUAUUGGGGGAGAAUUGAAAACGGCGAUUCUGGCGCUGAGGUGUUUCGGUAACAGCGGAAACCCUUCGUGGAGGGUUCUCUGUCAUUUAGAUUGGGCUAGUGGCCUUAAGGUAACUCGGCUGACAACUAAUUACAGAUUCUGUGUGCGUGCUUCAGUGGGCCUGAGUGUGUUUUUGCUGUAUUUUAGAGAAGGAGAGGUGACGGGAAUAUGGCAGCGGAGAGUGCCUGUAAGAACCACUAAGGAUCGAGCUACAAAGGGCACAUUCGGUAUAUAUUUGCCGACACAAAAUCACAAAAUGUGAGCAAAAAAUUAUAAAUAAAGUGUGCGGGACACAGCAGCGUGUUUACGGGAGACGUCAUAAAUUUUGUCUGUGGCGAUGAAGUCCGACUAGUGUCCAAUAAAAGUGCAUUGCCAGGACAGUGGUAACAUAGCAACGUGUUAAUCUAGCAAACGUAGUUCCAAAAACAUCCUUUAUUAUGCUCACCUUUCAUAUUGCUUUCAUAUUUUCUACUUUUCCCGUGGGUCUGAAUGUAUAUUUUCUACAUUACACCUGAGGCAGUUGGGACCAAAUCUUUUGUAGCUCUAUGCCUGUAACCCGAGACAGAGGGAGAACGAGGGAGGUGUGACGAGACCAGGCCUUGUUUUAACCACGAACAUUGUCAGGGUUUAGUUCUCACUCAGGUGGAUCACUGGGAGGACUAUGACCUCAGAGCUUUUUUGCUAAUGUAUGGCAUUCAGGAGUGCAUUCUGCAAGGCUUAGCUGGAUCCCAGUCAUGACAUUUUCCUGAUACAAUGUGUCAGCAGGUGGCAGUGACCUGUUUCAUCUAAGACAGUGCUUCAGGUGGAAUUAGAUGGAGUUAAACUCAUCUAAGAAUUUAGUGGAGCACAAAUUGAUAGAUUCCGGAUUGGAUAUAGACUCUUCGUCAGUCUCUUAAAAGGUCACCUGAUGGACAACCUUUGUUUUUACUGUUUCUUAAGAGAAAUUCAAUUUCUGAAAUGUGUUCCUUUAGAAACUGGAAUAGCGGCACAUCCCUUUUAUCACAAGGUCAUUGUAAAAUAGUUAGAAAUGACUGACAUCCAGCAUGGCCAAAUGUUCACAAUAAUCCGUAAAAACUGGUAUGAAAAUCCCCAAAAGAACCAUGAUGAAUAUUUCCUCAUUUAGGAAAUAAAUUGCUGUCUUGCUGAGAGUGAGAUAAAGUCAAGGUUAGGAACAUGGAGUUGUAAGUUUGAAACAAGUUAGUCCUAACUACUGGUAACAAGACAAACUGACAUAAAAUGUGUUUUUUCUUAAUUUUAUAUGCUCAAACACAAAAAAAAAUUGGAACAAAUUGGUAACUCAAAAACAGUCCAACUUUUAAGUCCUUGUGAGACACGCUUUAUGAUGAACUGUUUCCUUUUUAUCACUGUAUUUAAGGUAUUUACUGGAAAUUUAUGGCUAACAGCAAUACACUAAUGGUGAUGUCAACUACUGGAAAUAUAUUAGAAUAGCAUAUGGGCCAGCUUGUAGUUUAUAAAUGUUUACUUUUGCUUUAAAACCCACAGUUUAAAAAAACACUGAAAUUUUCCAUCAUAAAUCUCCUGCAGACUAAAUUCCUAGUUUGCAGAGGUGGGGAAUCCAGCUUCAGGAAAGUAAAAAAAUCUGCCUGGUUUUUCUUCAUCCUCUUCACUUAAACAGGUGAUCUAUGCCCUGGAGCUGGAAAUGCAAAUGGUUGGAACUAAUCUUUGGACCAGAUUUUUAUUUUCUGAACUUGGAUUCCCCACUUCAUAUGUCCCUCUCUUAAGAUAAUCUUUCUUUUAAACACAUUUUAAUCAGUUUGUCAGGCUUCCAAUUUUUCCCUUACAAAGAGGAGAAUGGAAUAAAAUGCUGAUAAGAAUAAAAUUCUGUACAACAAGAAUGAACAAAUUAGCUUUAAGGUUAUUGAAACAUCAUAAUUUCUCCUUAAACUGUCUUUUGGCUUUUGGGGGGUUUGCGAACAAUGAUGUUUCAGCAAACUAAACCUUUAACUCGGAUCAUCCUAAUAUCAGUUGUUCCAUUGGUUGUUAUAUCUGUGUUGCAAGUACAGGAAAUUUUUUACAUGGAUUGUGAAUGUGUUUUCAGUGGACGGUCA